ACUGUGCAGCAUACGUAAAAUUUCGAAAAUUCCGUAUAUAGCGAGUAUGUGAUGCUUUUAUUUUCUUUAACUAUUUCUCCAUAUAAAGAAACGAAAACUACCUUCGUUGCCUACACCAGCUACUUGAAUUGCAUUUUAGAUGCAAUAUAUUCCAUUAAGAACAGAAAAUGAAGAUAUUAUUGAAGCAGAUCCCAAACCUCGAAUUAAGAAGGGUCAUCCAGGCAAAAAAUAUUUUGUCGUUAUUGCCUUAUUGGGAAUUCUCUUCCUAGGAUAUAUAGCGAUAGCAUAUGACUUAAAGCCAGUACAUCUUGGGAGUAAAGCAAUCGAUACAUUGGCUUUUUCCUUCAAUCUACAAAAACCAUUUUAUGUUGUAGUAAUUGAUGCAGGCUCCACUGGUAGCCGUGCUCUGGCCUUUAGUUUCCAUGAAUCGAUUCUUGGUGGCAAUUUGGUUUUGGAUGGUGAACUCUAUACAGAAACAAAACCAGGCGUUAGUGCUUAUGCUGAAAAACCUAAAGAUGCUGCAAAAUCUCUGACUGUAUUAUUAGAUAAGGUGAAGGAAGUUGUUCCACAAGUAGAAUGGCAACAUACACCUCUCAACAUGAAAGCUACAGCUGGUUUAAGACUUCUUCCUGGACAUAAGGCUCAAGAAAUACUCCAAGAAUGCAGGAAAAUGUUUGAAGAAAGUGGUUUCCAGAUUUCUAAAAAUUCGAUUUCUAUAAUGGAUGGAACAGACGAAGGAAUAUUUUCUUGGUUCACUGUAAAUUUUCUAUUGGAACGUUUUAAUACGCACAAUCCUGGUGGCACAGUUGCUGCACUAGACCUUGGUGGAGGUUCUACACAAGUGACUUUUUCACCUAAUUCUAUACAGGAAAAAGGGCUUGAUGGACAUACAUACUCUGUCAAUAUCUUCAAUCAUAACAUGAGUGUUUACACACACAGCUAUUUGGGCAUGGGUCUUAUGGCAGCAAGGAAAGAGAUUCUGACAUAUGGAAUGAACUUGGAUAAUGUAAACCCAAAAGAUACAAUAGAAGUACGAUCAGAAUGUGUAAAUCCCAUAGUUUCGACGGGAUGGAGUUAUGGCGGAUUUAAUUAUAUUAUUAAAGGACCUGUGAAUGCAACUCAUAAACUAGUCAAAACACAAAACUUUGCUGGUGGAGAAGUGGACAGGCCAAUUGUCAAUUUUCCAGAAUGCUCAAAAAUUAUUGAAAAAUAUGUUGGCAAGAUAAAAAAUAAACCAGAAGGUUUAAAAGAUCAUGAGAUUUAUGCGUUUUCUUAUUACUUCGAUCGUGCCACUGAGGUUGGUCUAGUUGACCCCUUUUCUGGUGGAGUUAUCCAAGUAAAUGCUUUUCAAAAACAAGCAAGGGAUGCCUGCGAUUAUCCAAAUACCGAUCAACCUUUCAUUUGUCUUGAUUUGACAUUUAUCUAUGUUCUCCUCCGUGAUGGAUUUGGUCUGGAACCUAAUACGAAACUUUAUCUUUAUAAGAAGAUCAAUGGACAUGAAUUAAGUUGGGCUCUCGGCGCCGCCUUCAACAUAAUCCAAAACGGUUUUUAACGUAUUCAAGAUAUAGGCGAAGGAAUUGCAAAUAUUUUUACACAAAAUUGAAGAAAUUUUUUAAGUUUACAAUUUAUGUAAACAUUUGAUUUAGAUAGAAAAUAUCAAUCUAUUUAUACGUUUUUUAUUCUUAUUAUAACAUGUUCAGUUACUCAAAUUUGGAUAUGCCAAUGAUAUGUUCACACUAGUGUUGUGUAUAAUGUUUUAUUAUUUGUUUAAACAUUCUAUUUCAAGCAAUUGCAGUAUUAACUAAAAAAUUAAUAUGUUAAUUAAAGUAAGUCAGAGAUUCUUAAGAUUUCUUCAUAUCUUAAUAAUUUUAGAAAAUGAAGUGACUUAAUGCAUACGUAUGUAUAUACAUAGAUUGUUGGAAGUUUUGUGGAAUUAAUUAUCUUUUCUGUUAUACGUCAUAAUUUUUACAUAUAUUAUGCGAGGAAAAAAUGUAAUAUAAUAUAUAUAUAUAUACACAUAUUUUCUUAGGAAUUUCUGACGUAAAUAUUAAAUUGUUUUUUAUGUACAUGAAUCUUAAAUUUUAUUUUUUGACUUCUUCUAGUACAAUUUUUUACAGUGGCAUAAUAGAUUACAUCAUUUUUUAAACUGCUCAAAUUACAUCUUAUUUUUUAAAAGAAAACAGUUGAGUGUUUUAAGCAAAACAGAGGAACAAUAAAAGGGAAUAAGGAUUUUUUCAAAAAAUAGAAAUCCUUAAUUAUCGCAUAUUAGCGAAUAAGAUUCUUGCAGUGACCAAGUAUAUUGUGUGUUCAAAAAAGACAAUUUUUAUUCCAACAAGUGCAUUAAUCAGAUUACUGCACAAUUAGUAAUUGUACAAAAGAAUAAUGUUUUAACAAAAUAUUAUAAUUUUGGAUUGUUCAACGAAUAUUUGUCUCAAUGCAUUUGUAAAAUGGUUAUUAGAUUUUAAAUAUUUAAUCUUUAUAUUAAAAUGUCAUUGAAGAAUAACAA